AUGGCCGGCGCCAUGCCCUUCACGGGUGCCGUGUUCAUCGUCGUCAUUGUGACCUGGAUCCGUGCCACCCUCGGACUCCACAAGCAGAUGCAGGAGACCGAGAGGCUCCGCCUCGCCGAGGCCGCCGAGGUGGCGCGCGCAGCGCAGCGGGAGCGCGCGGCGGCGGCGGACGCGAUCGCACGGCUGUCGCUCGGCCCCAACGGCGGCGGCCACGGUAGCGGCGGCGGCCACGGCGGCCGCGGCAGCCAUGGCGGCGGCGGUCACGGCGGCGGCGGCGGCGCCGCGGCGGGGGCCGCGCCGUCGCCGCAGCCGCCUUCGCUCGCGGACGCGCUCUUCAGUGCGGAGAGCGCGCGGCACGGCGGCCUGAACGGCGCCGCCGCCGCGCCCGGCGCCAACCCUGGCGGCCCCUAG